CAAAAUUUUACAAUAAGAAAUCAGAAAUAACAAAAAAUGAACAUGACAAAAGCUUUUCUUGUUUUUGUUCUUGCAGUAGUACUAGCAUCGUCGUUUUCAGACUCCAACGUUGUAGCCUCAUCAUCAUCAUCUGUCAAUGGAUUUGGAUAUAAUCAUUGCAUCAAACUAUGUUUCCCAAACAGUUAUACAGACGCUGACUGCAAGUUUGAGUGUACAAAGUUAUUGGGUUACUCGGAUGGAGGCUGUAUGGGUUUAGCACCCAAAUUUAAGUGUUGUUGUAAGAAAUGAUAGAAAUCGAUAAAUUUUUAUAAAAAACUGGUGAUUUAAUAUCUUGUAAUGCUCAAAUUACUCUUAUUGUACUUUGAUAAGCUCUAAA